AUGAUAGUACAUCUGAGCAGUGGAACUAAAAGGCAUGCAUGGAGAUGUGCUGCAAAGAGCACCAAGCUGUGUGCCUUACAAGAAGAGGUCAAGGCCAUCAAUCAGAGAAGUGUCAGCUGCCAAGGCAUGAUGGAUUUCCCCAGGAUGGUGAGGGAAGAGACAAGACCUCAUGCUAAGGAGAACCCCAAGGCUCUUUAUCGGUAUGCUAGUGGAACUCUCUUUGUUGUCUUUGCCAUGGGAAGAGACAUGUCUUCUGUGUCCAUGUCUGAUGCCUCUUGUUGCAUGGAGUCUCCAGCUGCUACAAGGGUUUGGUGCAUAGUUAUGGCCACAGAAGAAACGCUGGUGAACGGAAGGAAAAAUGCGGGGCUGACAGUGAACAGACAAAUUCCACAGACGUAUCGGAAGAAUUGUAUUUCAUGUCUACAUUGUGUCGUCAUGGUCGUCCCCUACUUAUUCUUCAUCGUUCUCUACACCCGUGAGUACAACGGCGAACUUUCUUUCCUGAGCGAUUGA